AGCUCAGGGGGGGCUUCGCCGUACCCCCGUCCUCCUCCUCUGUGUUCAGAAAGUCAUGAAGACCUCCACACGGCGCACCGCUCCGAGCGCCUCUCCGUCCGCGUGAUCCGCCGCGACUACUCUCGGUAGCAGAGCAUCCAUGAAGACGUUUCCUCCGGACUCUUAACUCGCCGCCGGAGUUCCGAUGUGAGCUUGGAUCCCGCAGAGCCACCAUGUCUCGCCGUAAGCAGGGCAAGCCGCAGCACUUGAGCAAACGGGACUUUACGCUGGAGCCGGUGUCGGGCGUCCUGGCAGAAGAGGAGCUCCUGGACCCCCCCAGGCUGGGGGAGGCCCUGAAGGGGGACCCCGACCUGCUGACCUGUGGCCAGUGCCACGCCCGUUUCCCCCUGGCCGACAUCCUGCUCUUCAUCCAGCACAAGCGCCGCCAGUGCCAGGGCCGCCUCUGCAACGACAAGCAGGCCCCCGACCGGCCCCCCGCCUCCCCCCACCCGCAGCACCCGCGCCGGGCCUGCCACCCCGUGGACGCCGCCUCGCAGGUGUCGCCGUACGCCCGGGAUUGUUUAUCCGUCCCCACACAAGGAAUAAUCCCCAAGCAGGAAGUCAUGACAGACGCCCUUCGGCCUCGAAGCGGAGCGCCGUCGUACCUCUACGGCUCGCCCGUGCUCGGCGCUCGACGGAAAUGCGCAGCGCCUGAUUGGCCGGGCUCUGAUGCGGAGGAGGACGUCUCUAAUCCAGCGCUCACACCAGCACUCAGACGCUCGGCUUUGGGAAAAUGUUUUCCUUGA